UAGAAGAGACUUAUUCUCUUCUUGCAGUGCUUAAGUUUUUCUUUCUAACAGCUACCACAAUGCUGCACUGUUUGUUUCUUCUGUUUUCAACAAUGAUUGGUGACAGUUUUCAGAAUGGAAUCACAUCCGUAACUAAUGCAGUGCAAGCUUUGGAGAGCAACAGUGUCACACUGUCGUGCAACUACACUUCUUCUAGGACUGGAGACAGUCUACACUGGUAUCGCCAAUACCCCAGAUCCAAACCUGAAUUCCUCAUACUCAUCUCCAGAAUUAAAGACAGAGAAGACAAAGCGGGCUUUACUUGGUAUCACCAGCACCCUGGAUCCAAACCAGAAUUCCUCAUCCUCAUCUAUGCUGAGGAAAAGACAGACAAGAGGUUCACUGUGAAACAUGACAAAACGAAUAGACAUGUGCAACUGGAGAUCUCCUCUGCUGAAGUGUCAGACUCUGCACUGUACUACUGUGCAGUAAAGAUUCCUGUCGGCAAUAUAGGCUGGAUCCUGCAGCUGGGACAUGACAUUGGCCAACUGUUAUGA